GUCCCUCUGUGGGCAGAGCAGCCAUGGCGGCGGCGAAGGCGAAGGCGGCGGGGUCGGGCCAGCCUGACGGGGGGCGGCGCCGUGGGGCGGCGGUGGGGCAGGAGGAGCUGCGGCGGCUCAUGAGGGAGAAGCAGCGCCAGACGGAGGCGGCGGGGAAGAGGAAGAAGGUCGACUCGCCCUUCGCCAAAUAUAACACUUUGGGAAACUUAAGUUGCUCUUUGUGCGCUGUGCCAGUGAAGAGUGAGCUGUUGUGGCAAAGACAUGUUCUUGGAAAACAACACAAAGAGAAACUUGCACUGGCUAAAGGUCUCAAGCAGUCAGCCCCAGGGCCCUCUUCUGAUGUAUCCUCUUCUCUCAAGAGGAAAACUGCAGACACAGAAUCUCUGGAGCAGAAAAAAGCAAAAGCUGCAGCUGACUCCCCGCAUACGGCUGCAUCUGGGUUGCCGGCAGACUUUUUUAGCCCAGUGAAACCAGCGGAUGCAGAAAGAGUCUCUUCCAAAGAUUCAAGCCACAGUUUAUUGCUGGGAGAUUAUGAGGAGGAGGAGGAUGAGGAGGAAGAACAGGAGAUGACAGAAGCCAAAGAGAAACUUCCGCCUGCUGUUCAAGAUACGACUCUGCAGAAAGCGGCAGCUGCUACUGUGGAAGCGCCAGACCACUCAGAAAACAAAACUGCCCCCGUCCCGGUGCAUCUGGUCUCCCAUUCUGGCUCCAUACAGAAGGCAGAAGUACAAGAAAAGAUCGUGGAGAGGAAACAGAACACAGCCGAAGCCUUGCCAGAGGGAUUUUUUGACGAUCCCGAGGUGGACGCAAAGGUGCGGAAGGUCGAUGCGCCGAAAGAUCAGAUGGACAAAGAAUGGGAUGAAUUCCAGAAGGCCAUGCGACAAGUCAACACGAUUUCAGAAGCUAUCGUGGCUGAAGAAGAUGAGGAGGGGCGACUUGAUCGUCAGAUUGGGGAAAUUGAUGAACAGAUCGAGUGCUUCCGGCGUGUCGAGCAGCUGCGUGACCGUCAGGAGGUCAUGAGAGAGAAGCUGAAGGAAGCCAUGAGCCUGAAAGCCACCCAGGCAAGAGAGGGCGAAGAUCUCGGCAGCGAGGAUGAAGGGGAGUUGCAGGACCUGCUCUCUCAGGACUGGAGGGCCAAAGGGGCUCUGCUCUAGCUCCCGGUCCGGGGGAAAGAACCUCCCAAGCGAUGCCACUCAAUCAACUCACAACCUUCCGGUGAAGUAUUUAUUUUGCAGGCGUAAGCAUCUGUUGUAAAAUAUAUUCACAAGCUUAAAAUAGAAAAAAAAGUAUAUGUAAAAUUGUACAGUGUAAAUCUUUUUUAUAAAGUCGAGUGUAGCUUUCCUGUUAAAAUCCAUAAAAGUGUUCAUUUCUUCUGUAAA